CCGUUAAAGGGAAGGCCGGGAGCCUCCCGCCCGCCCCUGCUCGGCGCGCGAAGCCCCGCAGCGCAGCUGUCUUUGGGGACGCCUGCAGCCGGAGGAGAACUCAGCGAGUCCGGGCCCGAGGCCGCUCUGAGGAUCGGGGACCGCUAUCCCUUUGGGCUGCAGAAACUCCGCUGAUCACAACUUGCCGCCAAAAUGCUCCUCCUGCUGCUGGGUAUCAUUGUCCUCCACGUCGCAGUGCUGGUGCUGCUGUUCGUCUCCACGAUCGUCAGCCAAUGGUUCAUGGGCAACGGACACAUGGUGGACCUCUGGCAGAACUGUAGCAUGACUGGGGGCAACAUGCGCGUCUGUGUCUCGUCAUCAGCAAACGAAUGGCUGCAGUCUGUCCAGGCCACCAUGAUCCUGUCCAUCAUCUUCAGUGUGCUGUCCCUCUUCCUGUUCUUCUACCAGCUCUUCACCAUCACCAAAGGGGGCCGGUUUUACCUCACUGGGAUCUUCCAGAUUCUUGCUGGUCUGUGUGUGAUGAGCGCAGCGUCCAUCUACACGGUGAGACACACAGAAUGGCACAUCCACAACUCUGAUUACUCCUAUGGAUUCGCCUACAUCCUGGCCUGGGUGGCCUUCCCCCUGGCUCUGCUCAGUGGGUUCAUCUAUGUGAUCUUACGGAAACGUGACUGAGGUGCCCAGUUCAUCUGAGGCUCUGGGCAGACGCAGGGGAGGGAGGAAGGAAACCUAAAAAAAGAAAAAAAGAAACAAAAAAAACCAAAAGCUAGCCAAAAACCCAAACUCAAACCAAACCAAACAGAGUGCAGUUAGGGGGGGUGGGGUUAGUGUUGAUUGAAGAUGUAUAUAAUAUCUACGGUUUAUAAAACCUAUUUAUAACACUUUUUACAUAUAUGUACAUAGUAUUGUUUGCUUUAUGUGUUGACCAUCAGCCUUGUGUUGAAACCUUAAAGAAGUAGCUAAUUCCCAGUUACCACUUUACAUUCUAACUGUAUAAUCAAGCUCAGUAUUAUUGUUUUGUUUUUGUUUUUGUUUUUCUGUUUUGUUUUAUCCAGAAAUUAAAUAACUCCAUCUCGCCCCUUCCCUUUCAUUUGAAAGAAGAUACCUCCCUCCCACUCCACCUCAUUUAGAAAACCAAAGUGUGGGUAGAAAGCCCAAAUGGCCAAAAGCCCUCUCACAGUGGUGACCUGUGUUCUCACAGAGGCACACGCUGCCCAUGCCCACGCCAAGCCUUACGCACGUGGACAAAACCUCAAACUGGAGCCCUUGGCAAAAUCACGGCUGUGGCUUCAGGAUGCUCGCCCCUGAGGUGGGUGUCCUGGUCACACGUCUAGAUGAGAAAUUAGUGACAAAAUAAAACCUAUGAAAUGGUGCUAUGUAUUUACCAUUCCUUAUGAUCACUAAUCUUCUAAACUACUCACUGGAAAUUCAAUUAACAAUUUUACACCAUAAAGUAGAAUGGAGACAGAAUAAUUCUGUGUAAUAUAAAUGGUUUAUAACUGCCUUUGUCCCUGGCUGGGCUGCUAUCAUUAUUAUGAUAAUAAGUCAUAAACGCAGCUUUAUCACUCCCACAUUUCCCUGCGGUCGGAGGGUCAGGACGAGUCUCUAGACCCUUGCGGCCAUGAGUUUCCAGGGCUCCGCUGGGUCUAGGCUGUUCUCUGUCUCCAAGGACUGUCUGGCAAUGACUUGUAUCGGCCACCAACUGUAGAUGUAUAUAUGGUGCCCUUCUGAUGCUAAGACUCCAGACCUUUUUGUUUUUGCUUCGCUUUUUCUGAUUUUAUAUCAACUGUGUGGACUAAGAUGCAUUAAAAUAAACAUCAGAGUAACUCA